AUGGAUGCCUCGACUGGAACCGGAGCUCCAUUUGCCCUCUCCUUAUCCAACGAUGGCCUUUUUGCAGCUCACGUCGAUGGCAAAGAUCUUGCCGUCUAUUCAAAUUUGGCAUCCGAGCACAAGGAAAUGCAGACUGCUAAAGUCCUCGAGACAAGUGUCAAAUCUCUCAAAUUUUCUCCUACACGAAAUUCAAUAAGGUCGUUCACGGAUCGACGUCUUCUCAGCUCCAAUGAAUCCCGCAUCUCCGUCUGGCAAUUAGAAGAAUUGAAGCUGUUCGCCGAGAUCGAAAACCUUGAGCCUGGAACACUCAAUGUUGAAUUCGGAGCCGAUGAGAACGAAAUCCUUGUAUUCCAUGCGUGGAAUACGAAAAUGACUAUUCACUCCCUAGACACAGGGCGCAGCUCCAUGAUCAAGUCACCGAAAUCUUCCCACCCACUUGGAUUUGGAUAUCGCCCGCAAACCAAGCACUUCGCGAUUCUAUUAAAACCGGAUGCAUCUGACCUACUUACCAUUCAUGACCCCCAAUCCUACAAUCUGGUCAGCCGAGUUGUACUCUCUACCAACGAUGCCCAGGGCUUAAAAUGGAGUCCAGAUGGGAGGUGGAUUGCCGUUUGGGAUGCUGCCAGCUCUGGUACCAAGGUGCUCAUUUUCACGGCGGACGGACAGCUCUUCCGGACUUAUAGUGGCCCAUCCGAGAUGGAUGAUUCAUUUGAUCUAGGUGUUAAACAGAUUGAAUGGGGCCCUGUAGGGAAAGGCGGCACUUCCAAUACUCUCGCUGUGGGCAAGGUCAAUGGCAAUGUUGACCUGCUGCGAACCCGAACAUUUACUUGUUCCACUACACUUUCGCAUGUUUUCCCGCUCGAUCAGUCUUCGCCUAGAAUCUGGCGCGAGCGAUCCACCAGCGCCCUCGGAGAUGCAGAGUAUGCCGAGACGACAUGCUCCUCUGCAUUCAACAUGAGUCCCGAGUGUUCGGGUCCACCACGAGGUGUACAAAUUAUGACAUUCAGCCCCGACGGAACGAUGCUCGCAACUGUGGAUACUAUGCGAUCUAAUGUUGUCUGGAUAUGGGCAUUGGACAACACGCCCAGGUUGAUAUCUGCGCUGGUGCAUGAACAGCCUGUUCGCCAACUAGCUUGGCACCCUUCGACGCCGCAGCUGCUCAUUAAUGCAAUUACGAACAAUUUACCUACGAUUCGAUGGUGGUCGCCCAAUGAUCAGCCGGUGAUCGCCCGCGUUCCUACUCAAAAGAGCGAGAGUGGGAAGUAUGAGGUGAAGUGGCUUGUUGAGUCGGAGAAUGAUGCGACAUUUUGGUUUGCUUCGACCGAGGAGUAUGUGGUUGGGUAUUUGACUGACGAGAAUGGUAUUUCUGGGUUUGAAGUAUUAAAUUCUGUGACUAGUCGAGGAUAUGGGAGUCAUACGGGGAGUUUGAGCCGUUAG